AUGUCAGAGAACCGUGGUGUCUUGGAUUCCAUCAUUUGCAAUGCAAUUGAUGGUAGCGAUCAUGAGUCUAGCUCAUCGUUCUACACAGAUGAAGAAUAUGCGGCUGUGACGAAGGAUUUUACAAAUCCCAGAGUGCAAAAGAGGCCAUCUUCGAAAAAAAAGAAAAGCAGAAUCAACGACCUGCAGUCCUUGGUAAGCCACUACCAGGAGAACGAAGCUGCUUUGGUGUCUAGCACCAAAGUACUGUCCCGCGAGAUCAUGGGUUAUGAAAUUAAGAUAGCUAGUUUAUAUGGACAGAUGAAAAGUGUCAUGGAUGAAAACAAUGUGCUGAAAGAAGCAUAUAAAAGCUUUUCCAAAAAGAAGGUAGAACCCCUUCGGUUGCCCUCUAGCGAUGAAGAACCCAUCCAUGAAGGAUCGGGUCUGCUUGUUGAUCUCAAGAAAGAAAUUUGCGCCAAGCUGCAGGAUUACAAUGACAUUCAGAGCACAGUGAAUACAAAAUUGGAUGAGAUUCAUAUGUUCUACGAAAAGUACUACGAAGGGCUUGAACUGAAAGUUAACGAUAAACUGUUCGAGGAAGAAACGUCAAAAGAGUUGGCUAAAGUGAGGCAAGAGCUGAAGGACGUGAGAAAGAAUUCCGAGAUCAAAGUGAAUAACUUGAAAAUGCAACUAAUACAGACAACCAAUUCGCUAGAGCUCUUGAAAAAAGAAGCUAAAGCGAAGGAUGACUGUCUAAAGAGUAUUCCUGAGCUCGUCGAAAAAACCAAUCGCACGUUGUUAUCGUACAAGAAAAGCAUCGCCAACCAGAAGGAGACUAUUGAAGCAUUACAAGCGGAAUUGUCCCUACAAUUAGAAGCACAACCGCAAAAGGGGACCCAAUCUCAAGUACAAGCGCUCACCAACGUGACCCUUGUGGACCCUUUUGACGAGAACGGUUCGAAGGAUUUGUUAUCCAUUCAGGAAAGGGAGCUACAAGAACUACGGUUGUACAGGAAAAUAAGCGAUGAGAAAAGCCGAACAGCUCACUUGCAUUUAGAAAGACAAAAUAACACUAUCAAACUGCUCCAGAGUUACAUACAAUCAUUAGUCCAAAGACUGCCACCGUCUCAGCAGCACAAACUUCGCAACGACCAAUCAUCUGAGAACGUCCCCGCUAUGGCAAAUGCACCAAAUUCUGUUUCGUUCUUACCGCUGCAGUCGAGGCAUCUGGAAGCAGACAGCGACCCCCAACGGUUCUUACCAGCAAUUCCAGACGGGAAUUCAGGGUCUGAAAAAGGCACAGUGUCAGUUGCCCCUAAACUGAAUCUUGACCACAUUUCGAGACCACCUUACUUUACAAAACUGCGACCACCGCACCUUAUCAACUUAAAUUCUCUGACAUUAAAAACGCUGCCAAAAGCCAUAAAAAGUACUUACACUGAUCCACAGCAGCUCGUUGACGAUCAUCAACUUCCUUCAAACGACAAACCGCAAGAAAACGCGAACAAUACUGAUCCGUCCAAAAUAGAGACAGUGGAACCUGUCACAGUGGGCACGCCAGCUUCCACCGAAGUGCAAACCUUGAAGGAUUCAAACCUCUUCCCCGAAACUACAUAA